GUAGAAAUAACUAGAAAAAUGAGUGUUAAUAUGCUCAACACCGUUGAAUUAACAAGCCAGGAAGCAGCGUGGUACCUUCUUCGUGAACCUAUGUCUAGAAGUUCAGUCUCCAUAGUUUAUAUUCCCACCGUUUGGCCUAUUGAACGACAGCGUAUUAGACGAACACAAAAAGAAUUAGAUGAAUUAAAUAUCGAUGAAGAUUCAACAAGUAUUUGGAAGGAAAACUGGUUUGAUAAAUACGAGAAGCGGCCACAAGAAAUGGAAGAAUUAUCACUUGCACAAUUCGUUGCUAAUUUUACUAAAAAUUCGCAAGGUGAUUAUAUUCGUCGAAAGCAACAACGCAUCAUUCGUUAUAGGAAUUAUGACAUAGCCUCAGAUAUAAAUGAGUAUAAAAGAGAAAUGGUGACUUUGCAUAUCCCAUUUCGGAAUGAAGAAUUCGAGAUUCUGGAAGAGAUGAAAUUUAUUAGGAUUUACGACGAAAAUGAAAAUCAAAUUCUAGAGCGACGUAAAGAGUUUGAAUCUGACUUAGACAUUAAUAAAACUAUAGAGCUAUGCCGAAAACUAUGUCGCGAAAAUGAAGAAGCAGACGAUGACGAUGAGAUUCAUGAUAUUGCCACUAGAUUUCCAGAAAUUAAUCCAUUCCAAACGCUAUAUGACAAUCCGAAUUCGGAUGUAAACAGUGAUUUACGUCUCGCAACCCUAAAUAAACUUGGUGCCAUUGCAAAACGGAAAGAAAAUUUAAUGCCUAACGACCAAUAUUAUGAGCUGAUGAAAAUGGCAAACCAACAACAAAAGGAACUUUUGAUGCACGUCAUUUACAAUCUUCAGUUGGAAGAUCCUCCUCCGCUGCAAAUAUUUUUUACAGGACCAGCUGGAUGUGGUAAAACAUUUGUUAUUAAAUUAUUAAUGGAAAUUUAUAAUCGAUAUUCUGAAAGUGAUGGGUUUUGUAAUGCUUAUAUCGCUUGUGCUUCUACUGGUAAAGCUGCUGUGGCUAUCAAUGGGACAACAGUACACACUGCACUGAAGAUAAGUCUUUCAAAGUUGCUUCCUUUAUCAAUUGAAGUAGCCCAACAAUAUAGAUCACUUUUUAAAUAUGUUCGUGUAUUGAUUAUCGAUGAAAUUAGUAUGAUUGGAGCCGAGUUGUUGUCCCAAAUAGAUUCAAGGUUAAAGCAAAUCACCGGUAAUUUUAAAGUCCAUUUUGGUGGAUUAGAUAUAAUUUUGAUUGGUGAUCUACGUCAACUACCGCCAGUUCGUGCUACCCCAAUUUACAAACAAAUAAAACGACAAAUAGCAGGUUCAACACUAUGGCGAGGGUUGAAAUUUUUCGAACUAAACGAAGUUAUGCGACAAGCUAAUCAAAGUUUUGCAACAAUAUUAACAAAAAUUGGUAAUGGACAGUUGUUAGAUCAGGAAGAGCUAGAUUUAAUUGAGUCACGGAUUUACUCUGAAGAAGAAGCUGAGAGACUUUGUCCAGACGGUAUACGAUUGUUUUUUAAUAAUCAUUCAGUUGCUGAAUACAACAAUAAAAUUUUGAAUUCUAUAGAAGAAAAAGUGAAUUCAGAGGCAACUGAUAUAUAUAUUGGAUGUAGAAAUGUUGAACAGCAAACUUCUAUGCGUCAAAAAUUACAUAAAAUGUCAACUAUUGAUACAGGAGGUUUGCCAUAUCAAAUUACAUUGGUUUUGAACAAACCAUACAUGAUAACAACUAACAUCGAUGUAUCAGAUGGAUUAGCAAAUGGUGCGACGGGAAAAUUAAUUUUCAUUGAAUAUAAUGACAAAGGAGAGAUAGGUCGUUUAUGGCUAGAAUUUCCAGAAUCUCCAAAAAUCGGAGAAAAAUUGAGAAGAAAGGCAGCGGCAUCAAUUCAAAAAAAUAAUCUUCAUCCACUGGCAGUACCAAUAGAUCGCAGAACAUCAUCUAUACCACUAGUACCUAAUAAAACCGUUAUUGUAAAACGUAAUCAUUUCCCAUUAGUCUCUGCAUGUGCAAUGACGAUUCACAAGUCCCAGGGAGCUACUUUUGGUGAGAUUGUAUAUGAAUAUGAUAAAUCACACGUUCAACAACUCCUGUACGUCGCAUUAUCACGAGUUACAUCAAUAAACGGCUUAUAUCUCGUUUCAAAAAAAAAUGAUAAAAAAUUUUACCAUGGCCGAAGAGCGUCAGUAUCUACAAUUGAUCUACAACAUGAAUUUCGAAGGCUGAACUUGAAUCGACUUGAGACAAUUACAAAUGUUUUAUAUGAUUUCUUAAAUAAAAGAAAAGGGAUGUCACUGUUUACCUUUAACUGUCAAAGCUUACGAGCUCAUGUACAAGAUCUGCAACAUGACAAUAUAGUGUCAUCGUCAAAUUUUUUAAUUCUUUCGGAGACAUGGAUGAAUAAUGAAGAUAUUGUAGACAUUCCAAAUUUUAAUAUUGUUGUUAAUUACAAAAGACCACGUACGAGGGCAGGCGGAGUAGCAAUUUAUCACAACGUAAAUGAUGGAGCCCGUGUUGUUACGCCACAAAUGGAUCUCAAUGCACAACAGCUAGAAUCAUUGUCUGUUCAGCUUUCGAAAGUUGGAGAAAUAUGUGCCUGUGAGAGCAGAAAUGACCAAGGAGAUUUAAUUUUGAUCGUAGCAAUUUACAUCUUUCCCAACCAAUCAAUAAAAUCAGUUAUUGAAUUUAUACAUGAAAAUUUGAUCAAAUAUACCCCAGAGGUAUCGCGAAUUCUCAAAAAGAAUUAUGAUAAAAUUCCGAUGAUUUUAAGUGGGGAUUUUAACAUAAAUUUUGCAUCAGAUACAGCGCUUCCUUUGAUUGAGUUUCUCGAUACAACAUUUUAUUUAAAAAUGUGUAACAAUCGCACUCAAUCAACUACAAGAUCAAAAACGGUAAUAGAUGCAGUGUUCCAAAGAUAUAUCAACUAAAUUGAAACUA